UUCCCUAUGAAUGUCCAUAACCCAUGUCAAGCAAAACAGGACAAAGUUUUAUGGGGAAAUUUGAUAAAUAAAUUUAUUUAUUUUGUGUGAUAUGGUGACGGAAUUAAUAAAUAAUUAAAACAUUUCGCUGCAGAAAAUCACCGAGAUAAGAACUUUCUUCUGUCACUUUCACGCUCACCUGCCCCCAUCUGCUGGGUCCCUACGUCCUCAGGCAGUGUGAAUCCCCGCGGAGACUGAGCCAUCCCAACGUCGAGGACCAAGUGAGAGACACACACACCAAAGCAGGGAACACAGAGGGAGCGAUGACUGAGCCCAACGUCCUACCUCCGGUCAAUCCGGAGAAUAAUCCCGUACCAGGGGGCCCUCUGAUCAACAAUAACAACAACAACCGCCCCAGGAAUAAUCAAAACUCCCUCAUGAAUGUCCGGGAUCGCCUCUUUCAUGCACUCUUCUUCAAGACUUCACUCGCCUAUGCCCAGGCUAUUCCCAAGCCAAUGCGUCGUGCCAUUGAACUGCUGAUGCUCCUGAAGGCUCUCAUGGCGCUCUUCAUCCUCGUCUACAUCCACAUCACAUUCUCCCAGACGCCAGCCACAUGCCUGGAGCAUGUGAAGAAUGAAUGGCCUCGCGAUGGGAUUCUGCGGGUGGAGAUUAUCAAGAAUGCCCAACCGGCGGCGGCGGCGGCGGCGGCUGCAACAGUUCCACCACCGGAUGACACUGAACUCACGCUGAUGCGGAAUAAUCAUCGCGAGGGGAUGGUCAGCAUUGAUCCCUCAACAACGCUACCCCAUGAGCAAGAUCCCAAUGGGGUGGUUGUUGAGGCGGCUGAGAAGGAUCCCUUGCCGGACAAUGAGAGUCACAAUGCUGCCACGGAGUAUGUGAAGGUUUACAUUGAGACGCAGAUGGUGAUGAUGGAGCGCACCAAAUUCGACAGCCUCUUCUCGGACGUCUCCAAGACGCUCCUGGCGUCAACGGAGGAAGAAGAAGGAGCUGCCGAAGGUGAGCUGGAAGCCGCUCAGGAGGUCACCGAAGAGUCCAUUGUGUACGCCAAUCAAACGCUAAAUGAAUCAACCAUUGAGGGUGCCGAAGAGAAGGAGGGCGAAUUGCGAUCGAGUGUUCCGGAAGUGGAGAAGCUCGUCAAUGCUGUCUGGUUGGAGGAUCAGUACAUUGUGGAAUACUCACUGGAGUAUGGCUUCCUCAGGCUGUCCUCCACCACGCGACAGAGGCUGAAAAUUCCCGUGUACACGGUGACGUUGGACCCGGAUAAGGAUAAAUGCUUCGGCGAUACAUUCAGCCGAUUCAUCCUGAAAGAAUUUCUGGGCUAUGAUGACCUCCUCAUGGCUUCCGUGAAAGUCCUGGCGGAACAGGAAGACAACAAGGGGUACUUAAGGAAUGUCGUGACUGGGGAGCACUAUCGAUUCGUGUCGAUGUGGUGGAUGGCCAGAGGCUCCUACCCGGCUGCCUUCUUCAUAAUGCUCCUCUUCACUGUCUCCAUUUCAAUGCUACUGAGGUAUUCUCACCACCAAAUCUUCGUCUUUAUAGUGGAUCUUCUGCAAAUGCUGGAGUUUAAUGUUUCCGUGAGAUUCCCAGCAGCUCCACUCCUGACGGUGAUCCUGGCGCUAGUUGGAAUGGAGGCGAUUAUGUCAGAGUUCUUCAAUGACACCACAACGGCUUUCUACAUUAUUCUUGUUGUUUGGAUGGCGGAUCAAUAUGACGCCAUUUGUUGCCAUACUUCACUUACAAAAAGACAUUGGCUACGAUUCUUCUACCUCUACCAGUUCUCCUUCUACGCCUAUCACUAUCGAUUUAAUGGACAAUACAGCAGUCUAGCGCUCGUCACUUCAUGGCUUUUUAUACAGCACUCAAUGGUGUACUUUUUCCAUCACUACGAGCUCCCUGUUAUCAUUCACCAAGCUCAGCUACAGCAACUUCUUAUGCGAUCGCGUCAGCAGAACGCUCCGAAUGGGCAGCAGGGUAAUCAGGGGGGUGCUAAUGCCGCAACGGCCAAUGCAAAUGUCCAAGGGGCUAACAAUGCCCCACGUGCUGUGGGGGUUGAUGCAAGACGGGCAACAGAGGGGAGAAAUCGCCCGCAGAAUGAUAAUAAUAACAAUAACCACAAUUUCUUGACGAAUGUGACCUACUUGGCCAGGAGGCUCCCUGUGCCGGGCCUAAGGAAUCGCGAGGAUACACCCCUAAUGCGGACUGUGAGGAAUUUAGUGGCCAACAGCAUCCUUGGGGGUUUCAUUAAUAACAACGAGAAUAACAACAAUCCACGGAUUCGUGUGGUGAAUUUGGGGAAUUUGCAGAGAAUAACUCUGGGUAGGAUAGCCAUUACCCCGACGACAGUUCAGAGUGAGACUCAGACAACGGGGGAAGGGGCAUCAGGUGCAACAGAGGAGGACACAAGGUCAACAACGACUUCCUCAAGUGAUACCCCAGCUGAUUCAGGUGGUGCCAGCAGUGGUGGUGGCUCCAUGAGUAAUUUUCAGCGCAAUUUUGAGGAGAAUAAUUACAUUUUUCCCACUGAAACGGCCACUGGGGGAAAUUCCACUGCGGUGAAUUCGCAAAAUCAAGUGGAUCGACCAAGUCAGACGGAAGACGUGGGUGGGGCGAGUGGGGUGAAGAUCGAAAGCACAAGCACCCCGGAAGAGGGGGGUCCCUUCUACGUUGCACAGGCGCUUAAGGAUGAACGAAUGGGUGGUAGUGGUGAUGUCUCAAAUGCACAUCCUCCGUGUCCAGACGCCAAAUUAAAUUCCACGGAAGGGAAUUCCCAUGAGGAAAUUUAUAGUGCAAAUAAUGAUGUUUCGGGGGGAAAUUAUGAUUCCGGCACCACUAUGGCAUCAGUGGGCACUGUUCCCGGGAAUAGGGAGCCACGGGAGGGGGACUACCAUGAGCCACAUCCACCUGGUGGGCCACCGACAGACCCCUAAAAUUCUACGUGGAUGACCGCUGAAGAGUAUGAGUGUGCACCAUUUUUUUGUUGAUAAAUUUUUCUUAAAUUGCUACAAUCUUUUUUUUCUGUGUAAAUACAUCGAUGAUUGUGGAAUUUUGUAUGACUGAGGUUUGAGUGAAUUAUUACAAGAAAUAAAUAAAAAAGAAUGGCUCUGAGCGCGUGAAAUAUCAGACAACCUGAUUCUUUAAAUCUUACGGCAAAAGGGUUGUUAUUGGAGAAGGAGAUAAAAAAAAUCAAAAAUUAUGUGAAAAGAGUGAAAAAAAAUGGGGAACAGACCCACAAUUUGUGGGGAAAUGUUAAAUUUGUGAUGAUUUUCUUCUACAAUAUAGUGUGGAAGGUUCUCAAUUUUCUCAAUUUUUGUUCACGAACCUUCCACCAAUACUGAGAAUUACCGCAAGAUAUAAAAAACUGUGAGUUUGGCAUGAUUUUUUUAUUGUUGAAAUUUCUUUUGUACAUAUAUAAUUUCUUCAAAAAUAAACCCCUAAAAUAUCCAGAAGCUCUCUAAAUUUCAACCCAGUCUAUAAGAAAAUAAGACAAAGAAACGUCUUCAGGUGGGUGAGGAAGGGAAGAUCUUCUGGAAAAAGGAUUUUAAUUUUGAAUUAAGAUAAAAAAAGCGAUUUAAACGAGGAAAGUACGUAAAAAGGGAUAGAGAAAAAAAAACUUGUGUAAAAUUAUAUUUAUGAUAGUAGUUUGUAAAUGAAAUUAUUCUGUAAUGAUUAUACAUAUUAUACUUGAGGAUGAAAUACGAAAAAAAACUA